AUGUGCCUUGAAAGCGAUACUUGGACAGCAGUCCCACGCUUGGAGAACGUCAGCUGUGACUUCAAGAUGGACGCCUGUGGUUGGGACGAGCAGGCCGCGUUAGGUCCGUUACUGGUAGGUAUUGGAUUGGCACAUGUUGCAUCAGCCCAUUGUCAGGACUGGUUCUUGGAUGAUCUAGGCUGGGCUUCCUCGGUGCUGUUCCGAAAUGCCACCUUGACAAGUCCCUUAUUUCCGGCGAUCAAUGCAACAGGCUUGCGCUGGAAUUUCGCCUACUUUAUACAGGAUUUCAUUGGUUUCGCCGCAUACACUGGAUACACGGGCGAAGUCCCCACUCUUGAGCUGCAGUACUUCGAUGGUGCUGUCUGGACGGCUUCAUGGAGCAGGUCUUGCUGUCAGGUGUGGCGCCGUGCUUCCGUGCAGCUACCGGCAGAAGCACAAGCUUUGCGAUUCAUGAGCAACACAAACUCGGCUGUCGAUGACGUUGGCCUGGCUUCCCUUGACUCAGGUGAUUUGGCCUGCGAUUUCGAGGUCGACUCCUGCAAUUGGGUUUCCGGCGGCUCCACGUGGCAGCACACGUUUCGCGAUACUGAACCAGCACGCUCCGACACAAGUUUGACGACUGGCAAGUCCUACCUGUCGACUGCAGCCAACUCAUCAGAAACGUUUGUCUUGGAGAGCAUGCCUUUCAACUCUAUGCAGCACGCCUUUGCCUUUGCCUACCAGGUCAUUGGCUCGCACACUGCGGCGCUUGAGCUGCAGUGCAAGACCGCAUCCAACGACUGGGUGCAGCUCUUUGUGAAGACGGGAGGCCAAGGCUCAGACUGGCAUGAGGCCAUCGUCAGCAUUCCCGCGGGCAGCACCGCGCUCCGGUUCCUGGCCAACGUGACCUCGGAGGAUGCCGUGAGCCUGGACUCCUUCGUCGUGAUGAACGUGGCCUCGAGCCUCGAGAACAUCAGCUGCAGCUUCGACGCGGACCUCUGUGGCUGGGUGCAUCAGGGCCAGGCAGGGCUCUCUGGCGGCCUGGAUUUUCUUCUGGGCCGCACGCUGUUGGCAUCGAAGCAGGUAUCCUCUGGGAUGUCAGAUGAUGCCAAACAGGACCGCAAAUAG